AUUAAGACCCCGAAGAAAACUAAGAAAAAAAGCUAAGAGCUAUAAGCUAUAUAUGGCUAUAGAGAUUGAGAAACGUCCGAGCACAGUUGGUCUAUCAAAAGUUGCCACUUCAGAUACUCAUGGAGAAGACUCACCUUACUUUGCUGGAUGGAAAGCAUAUGAUGAAAAUCCAUUUGAUGAACUUCACAACCCUUCUGGAGUUAUUCAAAUGGGAUUGGCUGAAAAUCAAGUGUCAUUUGAUUUACUAGAAGAGUAUUUAGAAAAGCACAGAGAGGUAAUAAGCUGUGGAAGUACUGGAAUAUCUAGCUUCAGGGAAAAUGCUUUGUUCCAAGAUUAUCAUGGACUGCUUUAUUUUAGGAAGGCAAUGGCUAGUUUCAUGGAACAAGUAAGAGGUGGAAGGGCAACAUUUGAUCCUGAUAGAGUUGUUAUUACAGCUGGUGCCACUGCAGCUAAUGAGCUAUUAACCUUCAUCUUAGCUGAUCCUGGCGAUGCUUUGCUUGUUCCAACUCCUUACUAUCCUGGAUUUGACAGAGACUUGAGGUGGAGAACGGGUGUGAAAAUCGUUCCAGUCCAUUGUGACAGUUCAAAUAAUUUUCAAGUGACUCCACAAGCCUUGGAAGAAGCAUACAAGGAAGCAGAAUCCAAGAACAUCAAAGUGAGAGGAGUUCUUAUAACAAACCCCUCAAACCCUUUGGGUGCCACCGUUCAAAGACGUGUUCUUGAAGAAAUUCUUGAAUUCGUCACGAGAAAAAACAUCCAUCUUGUGUCUGAUGAAAUCUACUCAGGUUCCGCCUUUUGUUACUCCGAAUUCGUCAGCAUUGCUGAAAUACUUGAAUCAAGAAAUUACAAGGAUUCAGAGAGGGUACACAUUGUGUACAGCCUCUCCAAAGACCUGGGACUCCCCGGGUUUCGAGUUGGCACAAUAUAUUCAUACAAUGACAAAGUUGUGACAACGGCAAGGAGAAUGUCGAGUUUCACAUUGAUUUCUUCUCAGACACAACAGCUCCUGGCUUCCAUGUUGUCUGAUGAGACAUUCACCCAGAAUUACAUAAAGACGAAUCGCGAAAGGCUGAGGAGGAGAUAUGAAAUGAUCAUUGAAGGGUUGAGGAGUGCUGGGAUUGAGUGCUUGAAAGGGAAUGCAGGGUUAUUUUGCUGGAUGAAUUUGAGCCCUUUGUUGGAAAAGCCUACAAAGGAAUGUGAAUUGGCAGUGUGGAAUACAAUAUUGCAUGAAGUGAAGCUCAAUAUUUCACCAGGUUCUUCUUGCCAUUGCUCAGAGCCUGGUUGGUUCAGGGUUUGUUUUGCCAACAUGAGUGAAAAUACGCUGGAAAUUGCACUCAAAAGAAUACAUGAUUUCAUGGAAACAAGAACAAUAAUACAAAAACACUAACUCAUCAUCAUGAUUUCCCAAAUUUUUUAUUUUGUCUUUUCCUUUUCUUUUUUUGGUUUGGGGAAUUUUUUUUCCAGUUGGUAUUGCUUCUGGAUUAUUCUUCAAUUUUACCCAUUCCAGGAAUUGGAUUUUUUCCUCAGGCAAUGUACCUCGGAUUGAAUUAAAAGUUAUACAUAUGUCAUGAUACUUCCUGUUUACAAUUAAAUUUGGAUGUAAUAGUCUCCAGGAAAUAUCCAUCAGUACUUUUAUGGUUGUAGAAUAAAUUGCGGCUAGUAUAGUACUCCCUCGGUUCU